AUGAUUAUUCCGGUGCGUUGUUUCACCUGCGGCAAGGUAACUGAGUCUCUUUCUUCGGCUUCUAGGGUUUUUCUUGAUGAAUCAAGUAUUUCCUGGACUUCGUCAAUUUCUGACGAAGUGGAUUCUGGGGUACUUUUGCAUGCUUGUGAUUCGGAAAGGCGCUCUGUUGUUUCAGGUUAUCGGGAACAAAUGGGACACCUAUCUGGAUCUCCUCCAAGCUGAUUAUACUGAAGGGUGAGAAUUUCGUUAUUUCGAAGCUAGAAUCUGUGGUUAUUCAUUAGGAAAUUUCGGAAAUCAGGGCUGGUUCAGGCAUUUGCUCUCGCGUGCGGUUCUUCGUUUCUAUUAUCUCAUCCUUUUGGAUUUACUCUUUCUGGCCAAAGGUAAGGAUUCUGUUCGUGUUUAAGUCUUUAGUGGUGAGUAUGUGGUGGAUACCAUCAGCUCUCUAGAAAGGAAGGAUGAAUGGAUGAAGGACACCUGUCUGCCUGCUUCUUCAGUGUUGAUCACUAAAUAAGAUGGAAAAUGCUGUAUCUCGGAACUGUAGGUGUUCCACAAGCCGAAUGCGCUUUCUGCAUCAGCUGAUGCUGAUUUAUGAUGUGUCUUGAUUGAAGCUUCGGCAGCAUGUCCACCUUCUGCACGUUCAAGUUCUUAGCCCUCUUCGUCACCAUUUGGUUGAGCUCUUCUCUGAAGCUGCCCUCUGCCAGCUCUGAAAAGUGUACUAUAAAAAUAUCCUUCCACAACUGCGUAAGACAGUCUGUCAUAAUCAUCAGACACUUUCAUUGGAAAAAAAAUUCUCAUUGUUUACGGAUAAGAGAGAGCUUUAUUCUCUGGGCUUGAGGACUUUUGAUGGAAAAAGUUUCUAAAAGUCGGCUCUAAUCAUAAUCCGGCCUAAUACCUGAGGAAAACUCUGCACUGGGCAUGAAACGAUUCCUAAGAAUGUUGAUUGGAAAAAUUCUUGCGAAGUUCAAUGAACAUAACAUGUCUACAUUGACUAAUCAGCAGCUGUUUUAACUGAGGUAUUUAUUACAGCUCUUGUACGUGAUCGUUAGAACUAAUCUUCUCCACACUUGAUCCUCACUCCUGCAUUGUUGGUCCUUAAAAAAUAUUUCAUGUGUAGGUCAGACUGGAUCUUCGGUUCUCUGAAAGGUUUUUCCCUGGUCCAUUCGGUAGACUCGUUGGUACUUCUCAUGGAAGUGUUACUGAUCCUAGAAAAAAAUAGGACAUUGAUUGGCAAUUGCAUAUUUUCCCAGAUUCCAAUUAUUCAGCAUAUUUGAAGGCUUGACAUUCUGUUUCUGAGGGGAAUUGAGAUACAAGGCACACCUGGUUUUAUAUCCUAACUAUGAGAGCUUAAAUAUUUCUAUGUUCUCACCUACUGGAUUCGAUCCAAACUUUUGAUGUUUAUCGACUUAUGUAAAUAAUUUAUGUAUAGAUGUGGGCAGCUGGCAGAGGAUACAAUUAUGGGAAGUGAUAUAUUUUCUGCAUAUGAAUUGUUCUCGAAUGAUUGUAAAUGAGUUACUUCUCUUUUGUGAUCUAGUCCAUGUGUUGAAAGCAUCUCUCUCUCUCUCUCUCUUGCUCUAGCUAAUUUCCUGGCACGUGGAUCCUAAGUGAAUCUUAAAAUCUCUAUCCAACCAGUUCAUCUGUGAAUGUGCUCGUUUUAUUGUCUAAGGCGAAGCAUCUUAAUUUGUAUUUUCCUUUCUACCAUCUAUGAUGAAAGUUGUAGAACAAAUGUGAUGUGCAGUACCGAUACGAUCUCCAUUUUAGGCAUGAAUAAAUCCUAGAGAGGGAAGUAGAGUACGCAUCUAACUGACAUUUUGACCACCGGGUCUUUCAGUUUUUGACUGUAUAUCAGUUUCGGCUGGUUUUGCAAUACAUAAACUGUACUAAUCUCUGUCCUUCACACGAGAGAUUUUUUUGGUUUUGUGCAGCCAUUUAUUCAAUUUCUGAUGCAAGGAUUCUAUUUAUCAGAAAAUAUUGCAAAUUUUGGUUGUUGGUUCUACCAGGAAAAAAAUAUACAUAACCUCCGCUGCAAAUUUUUUUAGAAACGCAUUUUGAUGCUGGGUGUGGUUCCUGUUUUCUCAAUUCUCUACGAACUUAAUCCUAUUCAUUUUCUCUAUCACUUGCCCAUAACCUUUUCUGACAAAGUUGCUUGCUUUUCUCUAUCACAAUGAGACUUCCCCUCAAUCCGAUCUUCCCUCCACUCAUUCUUGCAACCUUCUUUUGAAAAUAAAUGCUCGUAACUUCUCAGGGAUGCACUGGACGCACUAAGCCUGGUUCGGUACUGCUGCCGAAGAAUGCUCAUGACCCAUGUAGAUCUCAUUGAGAAACUCCUCAAUUACAACAGUAAGUUCCCCCGCUCACACCUCCCUGAGAUUCGCCUCCUGACCUGCUCUUGUCCUUCUUUGUGGAAUAAUUCUCUCCCCUGCGCUAUUUUCUCAGCUCUCGAGAAGAAUGAUGCUAGCUGA